GGGGACAACUGGUGAGAUUGGGGAUACUGGGGGCACUAGUGGGACUGGAGACGGGGAAGACGGGAAAGACUGAGGGACACUGAAGGAACUGGAAAUACUGGGAGCCCGGGGGGACACUGGGAAGCAGUGGGGCAACUGGUGGGCACUGGGAGGGGUGGGGCCGCCAGGGGGCGCUGUGGAACCUCGAUGGGCGUGGCUCGCUGUGUACAGUGACGUCAGUAUUCAGCGCCCAUCCGUGACGUCAUCGCGUGCCGCCGGAGCCGCGAUGGCGGCGCAGGGGGGGGAGGAGGAGGCGCCGGUGCCGCCCCAGAAGCGCUUUUACCGCCAGCGCGCGCACUCGAACCCGCUGGCAGAUCACACCCUGCGCUAUGGCCCUGGCAGAGCUGUUCCCCCAGACCCUGGCCCUGGGGCUGGAGCUCCGAGGGAAGGUGGCUGCGUUCACGCGGGCGCGGCUCCGGGCGCUCCGGGCGGCCCGGCCCGGCCACUUCGGCAACGUGGCCUGUGUGAGGGGCAACGCCAUGAAACACCUGCCCCACUUCUUCCACAGGGCACAGCUCUCCAAGCUGUUUUUCCUGUUCCCCGACCCCCAUUUCAAGCGCACGAAGCACAAGUGGAGGAUCAUCAGCCCCGCGAUGCUGGCGGAGUACGGCUUCGUGCUGCGGCCUGGGGCCGAGGACCCGCUGGUGCCGCUGCUGCCGGCGGUGACGGAGGAGGGGCAACGAGCCCAGCGGGCCGGGCGGCCCCCCCGCACCGCCGUGUUCCGCCGCCGCCCCGACCCCCCCCCGGGGGGGCCCUGAGGGGCCGGGGGGGGGGCCGGACCCCCGCGAACCCCCGGGGACCCUCCCCCGCACCCCCGUUUUUUAAUAAAGCCGCAAAGUGUUCCCAAGCCUCGUGUUUCCAACCCCCCCACCCCAAAAUCCCUCCGGGGGGAAUAUGUCACUCCCCCCUCCCCCGCCCCACGGGGGCUGCCGGGAAUUGCACCUUCCCCAAAAAUGGGGAGGGCGGGGCCGGUUCCUGCCUCAGUUUCCCCAUCGCAGGAAACCCCCGGGGGGUUGGGGGGACCCCAGUGCCCCCCCCCCUUCCCCACGCAGGGGGGUUUCCAGAGGCCCAGCCCGGUGGCGCAAGGCGGAAAUUCCCGGGAAUGCGGGACGGGGUGGGGGGGAAGCGCCGUGCGUGUGUCCCGGGGGUUCAGACCAGCCCCUCCCCGGGACUGGGGUGCACUGGUGGGAAUGGGACUGGGCGGGGCCACUGCGUGUCCCCUCCUCUCCCCGUGGGAAGGCACCCCCCCAACCCCAAAUGCCGCACAUCCAGUUUGGGGGGGGCUGGGACCAGUUCGUGACUGGGAGGGCGGGUU